UAACUGUUCACUUCCGUUAACACGGGUCGAGAAAAUGUCCAGCGUCUAGUUACCCUCAUGCUGGAGAUAUCCUAAUCAUCUUCAUUAUGUCUAAAUAGGUCCACCAUACAUAGUUUCUCCGGUUCGGACGGGACCAUAAGAACUCAAGUUACGUGUAAUAUCAGACAGGCGUGAAGCGCCUGACACCUAUCGUGUCGUACACAUUGUCAGUUUUCUCUUGUUUUAGACCUAUUUGUAUCAGAAGUCAACAACCUUUCAGUUAAAAGUAACAGAAGCGUCACGAUGGCGAACAGACCGAAAGUUCCUAUCCAGUCCACGGCUGGUGCCAUUCCCAUUCGGAAUGAAAAAGGUGAUAUUGCUAUGGAGAAGGUUAAGGUCACACGAUAUGUGACGGGCAAACGGCCAGACUAUGCCCCAGAAAGCAGCAGUGAUGAAGAACAAGGACAGUUUGAACUUGCACAAAAGAAAAAGAUAGUUGUUGAGGAAACUGAAGAAGUUGAAACUACAGCAACUGAGAUUCAAGACAGAAGAUUAAGAAGACUGCAGGAAAGAGAGGUCGUUGACAGUGACGAUGAAGAUGACAGAGUUGCACGUCAUCGACGGGAGGUCAUUGAACCCGAGAUCAUUCAGUACAUGUCUGAGGAUGAAGAUGAUCGAGGUCGUGGUAAGGAUGAGGAGGAGAGCAGUGAGGAAGAGGAAGAACUGGAUGAUGAAGAAAUUGAACGUCGUAGGGCUUUGUUGAGGCAGCGUGCACUACAGAGAAGAGAGGAUGAAGUGGAGCAAGAGGAGGUGCUGGGGCGAGAGGACGAGAAGUCGGAGGGAGAGAGCGAGGAGGAGUCAUCCGAGUAUGAGGAGUACACUGACUCCGAAGAGGAGACAGGGCCGAGGCUGAAACCUGUUUUUGUCAGGAAGAGGGAUCGUAUCACUAUCCAGGAGAAGGAGAGAGAAGAGCAGAAAUAUCGGGACCAGGAGACAGAUAUGAAGAAAAUGGCCGAGGACAGGAGGAAACAGACUCUCAAGAUGGUGGAGGACGAGGCACGGCGGGAGGUGGAGGAACAGCGCAAGAUGAAGGAUGCCCUGGACCUGGUGCCCACAGAUGAUGAGAAUGAUGAGGAGGAGUACGAGACCUGGAAGGUCCGAGAGUUGAGGAGACUCAAGCGAGAUAGAGAAGAGAGGGAGAACACUGAGAAGGAGAAGACUGAGAUUGAGAAGGUGCGGGGCAUGACAGAGGAGGAACGUCGCGUGGAGUUCCGCAACAACCCCAGACAGGUGACCAACAAGGCACCGAAGGGGAAGUACAAGUUCCUGCAGAAGUACUACCACAGAGGAGCCUUCUUCAUGGACGACGACGAAGGCGUCUUCAAGAGAGACUUCUCCGCUCCAACACUGGAAGAUCACUUUGACAAAACUAUCUUGCCUAAAGUCAUGCAGGUCAAGAAUUUUGGUCGUUCUGGACGGACAAAGUACACACACUUACUUGACCAGGACACGACCCAAUUUGAUUCCCCCUGGAUAUCUGACACAGCUCAGAAUCUCAAGUUCCACGCUGCCAAGGGUGGCGGGAUGAAGCAGCAUUUUGAUAAACCCACCGUCAAGAGGAAGUAACAGAUGCACUGCCAUUUUGAACUGUGAACAUGAUGGAUUCUUCAGAUCUUAGAUAUUUAAGGCCAAAAAAUAUAAGUAAUAUUUUUCGGUCUUUUGUUGGGUUGAAAAUGAUGUGAGCCGGACCAGAAAUAUAAUUCUUUUUAAUGGGGGACUAAAACAACUUGCCCUCAUUCUGGCUAUAAACAGAGUUGGCCAUUGUGUUACUGGACUCCAGGAGCAGGAUUCAAUUGAAGAGGAUCUGCAUCAAGUGUAAGAACUAGAGGAGAGACCUGACUGAGAUGGAGUAAGUUGCAUUAAAGACUGCAGUGCAAUGAUCAGGCUGCACAAUAUCAAAUCCAGAAUUCUGAAAGAUACAUAUGAAUAGGUGCCCCUUGUAUUGUGAGAUAUUGCCUCAAGACGAUGGGCUGGGGCUGAUCAUUUAUCAUGGGGCUGAUCACUUUUCGUGGGGGAAGAAUCAGGGGACCACAGUUACCAUUUGGGGGAGGGAGGGGGCGAACCUAAAUUUUGGUCAAGAUCAUGAAGAACAUUGGCAGUUGUUGCUUUUUGAAAAUAUCGAUGAUUAAGAAGUUUUUACAACAUAGUUAUUUGUUGGAUUCACAAAAAAGAUCAGGAUAAAUUAUGGUGGUUCUCAAGAUAACAUAUUUGGCAAUUGUUUGUCGAGGGGCAGUUUUGAACAUUAACACCCUUCACCCUCACAAGAAAGAGUUCAUGGUGGGAGGAAGUAAGCGUGAUUCAUUGCCAUACAGAUGUCAUCUGGACGAUUCUCAAGGAUUUAUUUUUUAGAAUAAUUUUAAUAAAUCAUGCAUUGUAAAUAAUAUCAUUGUCAUACGUUGUAUGCAUUAAAAAGAUGAGGUGUAA